AUGAACUCUGGGCCGUAUCCGUCCUUCCGAUAAAAAUCAAAUCGGAGGCGAGGGAGGGACGAGGAGGAAAAGGAAAAGGCUGACGACGGGAAAAAAAUUUGACGGAGGAGGGCGUGGGGGAGGGAACCUACCAGCCUGAGACGGCACCACCACCGCCGGCGGCUUCCUCGCGAGAGAGCACGGCACGGUGCAGAGGGCUGGGGCGCAUGGCGGGCGGAUCAGACGGCCCCGACGUGUCGGCCGGCGGCGAGAUCUGGGGCACGCUGGAGGAGCUGCUGCUGGCGUUCGCCGUGUGCCGGCACGGCACGGCCAGCUGGGACUCGGUGGCCACGGAGGUGCAGGCGCGGUGCCCGCUCGCCGCCCGCCCCCGCCUCACGCCCGGCAGCUGCCGCCUCCGCUUCCACCAGCUCCACCGACGCUUCUCCGCCGGCGGCGGGGCGGAGGAGGAGGAGCAGGAGGAGGGGGAGGUCGGCCCUGAGGCCGAGGCCGAGGCCUCCGCCGCCGACGGGUGGCUGGACGAGCUCCGGCGCCUCCGCGUCGCCGAGCUCCGGCGCGAGGUCGAGCGAUGCGAUCUCUCCAUCGGGACGUUGCAGAGCAAGGUGGAGCUGAUGAAGGAGGAGCGGGAGCGGAGCCUGUCGAGCGGCGAGGCGAAGCCGGAGGGGGUGACCCGCGACGAGAACGUGUCGAGCGAGGAGCCCGGGCGGUCGUGCCGGGAGUCCAACUCCACAGAUCUGAAGCGCCCCGGCGCCGCCGCCAAGGCGGCGGAGGAGGCGGCCAAGGAGGAGCUGUCCGGGGAGUCCAAGGAGAGCGCGGUGAGCCUGCAGUGCCGGCGGCGGAAGGCGAGCGCCGACGAGGAGGCCGACGAGCCGCUGGCCGCCCUGCUCGACAGGGUCGCCGCCAGGUUCGGCCCCGUGUUCGACCAGCUACAGGAGAGCCAGGAGAGCGAGUCGUACCGGGGCACGAUCAGGCGGCACGUGGACCUGGAGGCCAUGCGCCGGAAGCUGGACGGCGCGGCGGGCUACGCCAGCAGCGCCGAGCUCUACCGCGACCUGCUGCUGCUCUGCGCCAACGCCGCCGUCUACCUCCCGCGCCACGCGCCCGACCACGCCGCCGCCGCGCUCAACGCCCUCCGCCUCGUCUCCGCGCAGGUCUCCGCCUCGCUCCGCGAGGCCCCGGCCAAGCGGGAGCCGCCGAGCGGCGCUAAUCCCCCACCUGCGCCGGCGGCGGGGCCGGACUCGCGGAGGGCCGAGGCCGACAUCGUCGGGCCGCUGAUCCAGAAGGCUGCCAAGCCGCUCAUCUUCUGCCGCAAGAGGAGCUCCAUCGCCAAGGCUGCCGCGGCGGCGGCCGUCGCGAGGAAGGAGGAGGCCGCGGAGAAGCGGGACGUUGAGGAGGAGGCGGAGAGCGACGGCGAGAAGAAGGCCGCCCUGGCCGCGGCGGCCAAGGGCAAGGCGUGGGGCACUGGGACGAAGAAGACCCGGGGACCCGGCAAGAACUCCGCUCUGAGCCGCAAGAAGGCGGCGGCAGCUGCGGAGGAAGCGGCUGCGGCUGCGGCGGCGGCUGACAAGAAGGACAACGGGGACUCGGACGGGGCGGCCGCCGGUGGGCUGCCCAAGAAGCGGAUCGCCGUGGACUUCCUGAAGCGGCUGAACCAGGGCAAGUCGUCGCCCCCGAAGAAGAGAGGGUCGCCGCUGACGAAGCGGAAGCGGUCGGCGCCGGCGCCGGAGGAGGAGGAGGAGGAGCCCAAGGCCAGGAGGGGGGCAGGCAGGAAGAAUACCGGCCGCGGUGGCUCCAAGGCAGGAGCCAAGGCUAGCGCGACGAAGAAAAGCGUCGGGCGGCCACAGAAACGGGGCGCUGCUCCGGCGACGCCGCCGCCGGCAAAGAGGGCCAAGGUGAACAGGUCGGAGAGGUCCUCGUCGUCGUCGAGGCGAGGAGGAAGGAAGUAGUCGCAAGCUAGAUGUAGCCGGUAGAGCUUACGUAGUAGUAUUAGGAAGUGUGUGAUAGCUUCAGCUGUGUGUAAAUCAUGUAGUGUGCUUGCACUGUUAGGACACUCACCACUGAACUGACGACAUGUUGUAAUCGGACUGACAGAUCGAACGACGUCCCUCUCUCUCUC